AUGGCCAAGGGUGAGCGUGACAAGACGGUCAAGUGCCAAAAGUCAAUGGUCGACAGGCGUGCGCUGUCGGUGCAGAAGGUCGUGAAUCUGCGGUGUGGUGCCAGAGCGAGCGGGCACAGCGAACAGAAAGCUGGAAUCAAUCAGUCGCAGACCUUGGCAGCCAUGCAAGGAAGGAGCGGUGGUGCAAGGGCCUCUCCGCCAAUCAAGACACCCGCCCUCGACGCGUCCUUUACAAGCCUGUCCAAGCUCGCGUCAUUCUUUGACCACUUCCCAGGAACAUCCCCCGUACCGGCACUUAAGCCACUCGAGCUAGCCAGCUGUUCGCACUCGAAGAUUGCAGAUUGCGCUAUCAGGCGCCUGUCAUCAACGCCCAGUUCCGACGGUUUGCUUUUUGCCUGUUCGCCGUCGCAGACACAGUCGACGCAAGGCUCCCAUUCGCAAGCGCCUGCACCACGCGAAACGUGA